GAGCACAUAAAAUUGAAUGAGCUACACCGACGUACACAGUUUUCAGUCUCGCCCUAUCAUCUCUCUUUUUCUGUCUUAUUCUCUUUCACUGUGGUUCAGAUUUAUGCAGAAUCUGAGAUGUUCUGCACCCAGGAAGAUAUGCAAUAUUCCUUGUCAUAGUUUAAGCACACGCAAGAUGUGGGGCACAUUAAGACACAUCUUUCCCCUAGAUAUUUCUUCACAUAUAAACACACGCGUCUUCCUUUCUCUCUCACACACACACGUGCACGCGCACAAAGGCACAAACACGCCUAUAUCCGCACAAUGCUCCUCCGGCCCAAGGUUAGCACAGAUUAAAAGACGUGUCAUUGAUGGAAGAGGCUCCUCCUCCCUCCCCGGCCUGUCAGAGUGUGUUUGGGAACAACCCACUUCAUUUUAGCAGCAUAAUGGGUAAACAGAGUGUGAUCAGUCCAAUUACCCCCUCAUUGCAGAGGCGUUCUGGCGGGAAUGGCCUGUAGAGAGAGUGAGCUGUCUGGCGUGCGGCUGAGUUGCAACAGUAGCACCUGCUGCCCCGGAGUCCUCACUUGUAUGAAUCUCAAUUUGUUUGUACAGCCGUGGCCAAAAAAAAUACGGUGACCAAGAAGUGAGCCCUUUCUCCGAGCAUGAGGGCAGUGCCGGCUAUAGCCGUCUGAUUGCUGUUUUCACUGCACCGUCUGAGGACAUGUGCAAGAUCAGAAGGUGCUGUUCUCAGCAAUGAACUCAUGUCAAUGUCAGUCCUUCUUCUGCUGGGCUGUUUUUGUGCUCAGUUCUGGCUGUGCAGCUUUCAAGGACGGUGAAUUCUCUUAUCCCCCACACUACAGCGUGUUUUACAGCUCAGCAGAUGCAUGAUUUUGCAGCCGAGAGUUCACCCACAGUACAGUAACAAGCUGCAGUCCUAAAUCUGAAUUCUGAAGAUGUAUGGUGGAUGUUUUCAGACAGCGUGUUCUCUAUCAGAUGAAGAGUAGGACAGGACAGCUGGCAGCACAGUCUUAGUCCCCCUCUUCACUUUUACAGUUUCUCUCAUGACUAACAGUCAGGACUACUUGACAUGGAAGUUCGCGUCGAGUAUCUUCAGGUCCUGGAUUGGUUUAACCUUGAGAGAAAGGAGUAAUUGCUCUCAUAUCUGGUUACAUUCGUCCUAUUCUUGUGAUCCAAAGAUGUGUUUGUCGUCCUUGGAGCAGAUGUAAAUCCUUCUCUUGAAGGUUUUCCCUCAGGCAGCUGUCAGCUGAAGCGAACAUAUCUAAUGUGUCUUUCAAUUCUUUAUCACCAGGCAUCAUAAUAAGUAAAAAAAAAAAAAAAAAGGCUAUUUCUUUAAAAUAAAAAGACUAAGUUACAAUUUCUGUAACAACUGACAGAGAGCUCUAUCAGCAGGAAAUGGGAAUUGCCCUUCAGGAUUCAUUUGGCUCCACUAAUUGAAACUAAUACCUUUCAAAUAGCAUAUUGAUUUGCAGAAAGCUUAUUUUUUCAACGGUGCACAGUAAAAAAAAUGAAUGAAUAAUACAAAAAUGUGAAGGCGCCAAGAUUAAAACAGACUUGUUGGAGGCUGGUUGCCUGUGUGGCACCACAACUCAUGGAGAUGACAGCAAACACAUCAGUGUGACUUCAAAGCUCCUCUUGUUUCCUGGGCUGUUGUGCAGUAGAAGGCCUGAGGUGCAUUGUAUUAGUGGCCUAAUUAAAAAAAAAAAGUCUUGGAGUGUCACCAGAAAUACAGGCACAGUAGAAAAAAGCCUGCACCUCUGCAGCUUUUGCACACCAAAACGACAUCAUGCACGUCUGGGGUCCAUUGUCAGGAAGUCCAACUGAAUUUGCUCCGAAAUGUACUCUCUCGCACAUGCGCACGCGCGCGCACACUGUUGACAGGUGAAUCCGGAGUUGAUUGAUGCAAGUAAAUGAUGUUUUUCUGUCUGUUUCAGAUGCCAAAAAUUGCCACACAACACUGUUCUGCAAAGCACAAAUUACUUUUUGUCAACAGCUCCAUAUAGUCAAUCAAGUGCUGUUUUGGAUAACUUUUAUAGGUUUACAUAAAUAGCCUCUGAAUAAAAUCUCUUCAGUUCCAGGAUAAAAUAAAAUAGUGGAAUGAUUUUAAAAAUUGAUUUCAGCAUUUUCUCUUCGCAAAACAUCUCCAUGAACAAUGAGCUGAAAUGGUUCCUGCAGUCACUCUCCGUCGGUGUGUUUUCCUGAUGCGCAGCGCCUCCCCAACUGGUCCCUCACUUUGACAAAUUCCUGGACGUGAGCGGGUCUGCUGAAUGGCUUCUUCUUGCGCGUAAAGAUGAUACCCUGAAUGUUUUAGAAGUUGCUUUUUUUUUCUCUUCCUCCCACUGCUGGUAGACUAUCGUUUUUUUUUUUGGAUGAACACAAUGGGACUGUGGUCAUUUUUGAGUUUUUUUUGCCUCUUCUUGGCUUUCGUCUUGCUGUACCCCUUUCACCCCAAGUUUGUUGUGGCUCAAGCGGAAAUAAGUUCUCCCAGAGCAAGAAAUGACAGAUCUGAUCGCCUGGAGGAGGUAACACCGCUGGAGGCACGCAAAUCAACAGCGGUCCAAGUCGAUAAUAGCGCAAAAGUUUUAAGCGCUUUUGGAUCGGAAGCAGCCGGUGCUUUGGAACCGAACAAUGGCAAGCAAGAGGAGGAAGAAACACUUGGAAACGAGGCACCGAUCGGCACCAAAAAAACACCAAACUGUGUCAAAAUACCUGAUGAAAAGUGUGGUAACAUUUCCGAGGACAACCAAGGGCGACCUACUGCGAAAAUAAUGUUAGAAAAUGAAUUUUCUGGCACAAGAAAGAAGAAGGCAAAAAGGAGCGCCGAGAAUGUGGAUAGGAGUAUAAGUGGAGAGAGAUUUGCGGACACUGUCCAAGGUGUUUCCAACUCCAGACCCGAGUACCGGCGCGCUGCUGGGGAGGAAACCAGAGGGUCCAACCCGAAGCAAAGUGAGCCUCACCUGGACACUUCUACUUUUGCUCUAUCGGGAGACUCUGCGCACAACCAGGCGAUGGUGCACUGGUCCGGACACAACAGCAGCGUGAUCCUGAUCUUGACUAAGCUGUAUGACUUCAACCUGGGGGCCGUUACCGAGAGCUCACUCUGGAGAUCCUCAGAUUAUGGAAGCACCUACACCAAACUCAACGACAAAGUGGGCUCAAGGACGGUUUUGAGUUACCUGUACGUCUGCCCUACCAACAAACAGAAGAUAAUGAUGCUUAGCGACCCAGAGGUAGAGAGCGCUGUUCUCAUCAGUUCAGAUGAAGGGGCAAGCUUUGAGAAGCAUCCCAUUAACUUCAAUAUCCUGAGCCUGCUCUUCCACCCUGCACAGGAGAACUGGAUACUGGCUUACAGUCAUGACAGCAAGCUGUACAGUUCAAUGGACUUCGGGAGGAAAUGGCAGCUCGUUCACGACAACGUGAUGCCAGGCCGAUUCUACUGGGCGGUAAUGGGGCUGGACAGAGAAUCAGAUGUGGUCCACAUCGAGACGCGCAUCGCAAAAGGCCGCGCCCAGUACGUGAAGUGCAGAGCCCAACGAUGCACAGAAGGCAACAAACUGUACCUCUUUCCGGGACAUGUAGACACCAACUCACUGGUGGUGCAGGAUGAAUACGUUUUCACACAGGUAACCAAGUCAGGACGAGCUAGCUAUUUCGUCUCCUACAUGAGAGAGUCCUUCAAGCGGAUGAAAUUGCCCAAAUAUUGUCUACCAAAGGACAUGCACAUUAUCAGUACAGAUGAGAAGCAGGUAUUCGCUGCAGUCCAGGAGUGGAAUCAGAACAACACUUACAGCCUGUAUAUCUCAGACUCCCCUGGGGUCUACUUUACCCUUUCAUUAGAGAACCUGAGAACCAGCAGAGGACCCGCCGGUAACCUACUGGUUGACUUUUAUAAGGUUGAGGGGAUAAAUGGCAUGUAUCUUGCCAACAAACUGCUGGACAGCCUCGUCAAGACUUUCAUCACAUACAACAAGGGACAAACGUGGGCCCUGCUGCCAGCUCCUGCCGCUGAUGUGGCUGGGAAUAACCUUCACUGCAUUCUGCCAUUUUGUUCGCUGCACCUUCAUCUGGAGAUGUCGGAGAAUCCCUACACGUCUGGACCCAUCACCAGCAAAAAGUCUGUGCCAGGAAUCAUUGUGGCUACAGGGAAUAUCGGAACAGAGCUGUCCUCCACUAACCUUGGGAUGUUUAUAACAUCUGAUGCAGGGAAUAGCUGGAGACAGAUUUUUGACGAAGAGCACAACGUUUGGUUUCUUGACAACGGUGGGGCUUUGCUGGCGGUCUUACACGCAGCGACGCCUAUUCGGCACUUAUGGAUCAGUCUAGACGAAGGAAAAAAAUGGGGCCGUCACAGUUUCUCCUUGGCACCUCUGUAUGUGGACGGAGUUUUAAUGGAGCCGGAAUCUGACAAUCACAUUGUCACUUUCUUUGGACACUUCAGUCAUCGGUCAGAGUGGCAGCUGAUCAAGAUCGACUACAAGGGCCUCUUUAGCAGGAGAUGCAUGGAUGGAGAUUAUCAAACAUGGCACCUGCACAACAAGGGAGAGCUGUGUGUGAUGGGCGAGAAGCAGAUCUAUAUGAAGCGCAGGCCAGGCAACCGUUGCAUGCUGGCCCAGGACUAUUCGAGGAUCUAUUCCUCAGAGCCAUGCCUCUGCACAGCCUAUGAUUUUGAAUGUGAUUAUGGGUGGGAACGCCAGGCGGACGGGAAGUGCUCCCCUGCUUUUUGGUUUAAUCCAAAUGGUGCAGCUAAAAGCUGCAGCACCAGCCAAAGCUUUCUUAACAGCACAGGGUAUCGGAAGGUUUUGUCCAAUAACUGUAAGGAGGGAGGGAGGAACGUGUACUCGCCCAAGAGGCAGGCGUGUCGUCCCAGACCACCCCGAGGCCUCCGUCUGUCCACCAGUCAAGGAGAACUCAGUGCCACCGUUGGAAGCAACGUUACUUUCAUGAUCUACCUCGACGAUGGAGACUCGCUGAAGACCAGCAUCCAGCUAGACUUCGGGGACGGCAUCAAGAUCACAUACUCUAACCUGAGCAGGACCGAUGAUGGCAUCAACCACAUCUACAGAACGACUGGGAUUUACCGAGUGACAGCUACUGCUGAAAACAACCAGGGAUCUGACAGCAGCACGCUGUUUUUACACAUCACCAGUCCAGUGGAGCGUGUAUAUCUCUCCGCUCCUAUCGUAGCCGUCAGGGGGAAGGAGGUUAAUUUGACUGCGGUGGUCUGGCCGAGUCACACCAGAACAUUGACCUUCUUCUGGUGGUUUGACAACAGCUCAGAGCCCAUUAUAACCUUGGAGGGAAGCAUCUCAUACACGUUUCAGAGAGAAGGAAAAAACAAGGUCACGGUCCAGGUUGCUUCUGGAAGCACCAUAAUGCAGGAUUCAAAAGUUAUAACUGUUAAAGAGUUCUUCAGGUCGCUGCUGUUGUCCUUCUCGCCAGCUCUUGAUGAGCACAAUCCUGACAUCCCAGAGUGGAGGGAGGACAUAGGCCGUGUGGUGCGGACAGCUCUGUCACAGGUGUCUGGGGUUCCUGAAGAUCAGCUGCUGGUGUCUUUGUACCCUGGACUUCCAUCUACAGCAGAGCUGUUUAUUCUGCCUGAUGAGCAUACAUCAAGUGAGCACAAGAGAGGGAGUGAGGAGGCUCUAGAGACGAUAUCAGAUAUUUUUGUCACUGCCCUGAACCAAGGCCUGAUCCAGUUUGAGCUGAAAGCAGAUAUUCGCAUUAUUGUGUACAUGACUCAGCAAACUUUGGCACCACUAGUGGAUUCAAACUCCAUCCACAGUGGGUCGGCGAUGCUGAUGCUGCUCACUGUGGUGUUUGUUGGUUUAGCAGCAUUCUUCAUCUACAAAUUCAAAAGGAAAAUCCCCUGGAUCCACGUUCAGACCGAGGACAGUCAUGAGAAGGACCCGGAGGUGAUCAGUACAGUUGGUCAGAAUGACAACAUGUCGAAGGUCAAGCUCAGCGAGUUUCCAUCUCCGAAAGAACUCAUGGAAAAGGAGCUGGAGGCCAGGAGCAGAGCAGACCAGUGAUCCCAGCAAAAUAAAAGGUCAAAAAGCAUUGUGGUGUCCUCUCCCUGUUGUUUCAUGAAUACAGUACAUUACAUAGUUACUGGUCCAGUGAACUUUAUCAGCCAUUUCUAAUCGUCAUCUCAACAACUGCAGUAAUAUAUUCAUCAAACCUCUGACAACAAUAUGAACAGCAGUCUUCAUAAACACAAUAUAACAGUAGCAAUGACUAUCACAUGAAUAAUUAUACAAAUAAAAAUGAAUGGUCACGCUGUUAAAAUAAUAACCAUUCAUAACUGAAUGACAAUAUGUAUUCAGUUAAGUACUUAUUUUUAUUAGCCUGCAAGCCUAAAAUAUGUUGCAGGCUAAUGAAAAUGCAACUUAUGUGCCACUGUUUUCAAGAAACCGAGUCACAGCUAAAUUCAGCCAGGAUAACUGGAAAAUCUUGGUUUAAUCAGCUAUCUAGGUUUUGUGAAACAGGCCCCAGGAGCAGACAACUCAGCUAAACCAGGAACAGACGCUGUUGCUCUGUUUGUCACCAACGUCCACUCCAAAAUGCUCCACAAUUUUCCAACAGCUGUUCUCGAACUACAGCGCUCCAAAACUUCCUCUGAUGGUGCUUUCAGAAAAUCCUCAACACCUCUGCCAUAUCCAAACCAAGAAGCUUAACACGAUGAGAACGAAACACAGUCUUACUAAUCCAUGAGCCAGGUGGUUGGUCGUGCCACUUUGGAGGGACCAGGUCUCAUAGUGAUUUUUUUAAAAGGUCUAUGUCCCUAGUGUUGGCUAAUGCAUGAUAGCAUUGCAGCAAUGGUAGCUUUCUAUGUGCUAUCACUCCUUUUUUCAUCCCUCCAUCAUUAAAUUUGUUCCAUCUUUUUUCGCCAUUUUACACCUAGAUCCAGUAUAAAAGAGGGUAACCAACACACAAUAUCAUGAAGUUCUAUAUCGUUGUGAAGCUUAGACUAUAAUCUAACCAUCGGUCACAUUGUCAUGACAACUGAGGUCAAGAGAAUUUGACCUUUGACCUCUAAUGCUGCAAUUGGGCAAAUUCUGAAUGCCCCUCCAAAAAUGCCCUUAUAAGUAACUUCAUAUUGAUCUGAUGUGCCCAUGGAUAGUUCCAACAUAAAGAGCAUAAAAAGAGCUUUAAAAUUAUAUAUUAUAUGACUAACAACAAUAACAGAAUUUCUUAUGAGAUAAACGUAACUUUGUGCAGUUUGUAUCCGAUAGAAUGUCAGAACUUUGCAUUGAAUUCUGUUAUUGGGGCAGUUGUAAAUGGCUUUCUAAGCAGCAGAAACACAAAAUAAUACAAAAACUCAAAAGACUUUCCCAAGAAAUAAAUUCUCUAUCCAUUAUUUUUAUGUUUUCCCACUCUUGCCUCAUUGUCAAUAUAAACAUGUUCCAACUGAUGAGGCCCCUACUCAGUAGCAAUGGGUUAUAUUCCAUGUGAAAAUGAUGUUCACUUUUUUAUAAAGGCAUGAAACUUGGUACACUUGAACAGUUUGGAGCCCUGAACAUUUUCAGAUAUGGAGCCAUUGCAAAAAUGCCUUGUGGCAGCCAUGGUGGUCAUUUUACUUUCCACCAUAACCAAAUUAUUAUAAAAUGAUUAUUUUGCAUCUAUCUCCUGUAAAUAGUUAAUGGUGAAUUCAAUGAUGUUGUAUGAAGCAAAUCACAAUAUCUGAGAACCUAGGCUAUACUACUACUACUUAACUAGACUAUAAUAUCAUGUCUGUUAUGUGCAUGUAUGUUGUAUAGAGUUUUAAAAGCGUAAUCCUUUUGUUCAUUAACCCUGACAAUACAGUGACUGUAAAGAGUAGAGCAAUAUUCAAUAUGACCAUAAAAACUUAAAGCUUAAAAAGAAUGUGUCAAACACAAAAGAUGAAAGAUACAUCCUGCAGAUGUGCUGAGACGCAUCAUCAGCGAUGGAACUUGGGGUCAUUGGGUAUUUCGGGUCUUUCAGCAUCAGACACUCUCGCUCAGGCAACUCAGCCAAGGUUGAUCAGACCCCAGCUUGCGUCCCAGCAGCAGUCGCCCAUGGAUCUAGCCUCUUGGUAUAUACCCACAGCCAAACAAUUCCACGCACGAUUACGCACUAGCACAGGAGCGCACAGACAGCCAAAUGCACAUUAACAAACCAAAAACAGAGCCAUUACCUCUAAUUGCCUAGCCAGAACUUAGCUAAACUCCUCCCUAGUCUUCAGGUAGCUACUUGCAGUGGGUAGCCUACUGUACUUACGCACUAACAGCCCGACGAGACGGCGAGGCAACCAGACAACAAUGGACAGCCUGUACUUAUACCCGUUGUGUGCCUCACAAUUACAACACAGGCGCGACUUGACAAGAAACAAGUCCAACACUUUUCUACCCAAAACCCCCACACACCUACAGUGUCAAAAAAACAAAACCACUACACUGACAAAUUAUACUCACUUAAAGCAUAAUUCCCGUUCAA